AUGGGUUACGGACUGAACCAACAAUGCAACACUCAAAGUCGUCAAGGUCGUGACCAGAUCCCAAUUGAAAGCAGUGAUCAUGAGCGGCAGACGAUCAUCUCCAGUAAACUAUCGCUCCAGACAGAAAGUCUUUAUCUCGAAGAGAUCAUUCAACACCUAGAAUACAUGCAGGAUAUAACUCUACCAGAUGAUGCCAUGAUUGAUACACAGAAGGAAAUCACGUGGUCUAUGCGAUCAUGCCUCGUUGACUUUCUUGUCGAAGCCCAUGGCCACUUCGGCCUCGCGCCUCAGGCCCUGUUCCUCUCCAUCAACCUCGUUGACCGGUACUGCUCAAGGAGAGAGGUUCGUAGGGAUCAUUAUUGGCUACUAGCCAGUGCCGCCCUACUAAUUGCUUCGAAAUACGGCGACAAGACAUGCGGUGACACGAAACGGAAUCAUCCGUCGAUCCGAGAAAUAAGUGGGUUAUGCUGCGGCGUCUUCAAUGCGGCAACGAUCAUCCAGAUGGAAAUGUCCGUCCUCAACACUCUCGAUUGGGUCAUUGGCCACCCCACGAUCGAUUGCUUUGUGGAAAUGCUGCUGUCGGUGGGAGAGCACGACGAUGAAUUCAGGAAUAUGGUAGCCUACAUUUGCGAAAUGGCUCUCUAUCACCGCGACCUUAUCUCCACCAAGCCCUCCAUCAUAGCUGAGGCUUCUUUCCUGCUCGCGCAGGAGAUUCUGUGGCAGGAUGCGACAUCGCAUGUGGGCACAAGUGACCACGUGCGCGGGACGCUGCAGACUUUGUCAGCUCACCUUCGCCAUGCCCGGCCUGUUCUCGCUAACAAGUUUUCGACACCCAAGCGAUCCAGAGUAGCGCAGCGGCUUCUUAACUUUUGUCACCAGCAUACAUGA